UCCGGAUACCAUCAGAUAGAAGUCCAUUCUGUAUGAAUGACCUGUUAGAUAAAUUUGUAGUAGUCUACUUAGAUGAUAUCCUAGUCCUUAGUAAGACCCUCCAGGAGCACCAGGGUCAUCUGAGGCAGGUCUUGGAGAAGCUUAGAGAGGCUAACUUCAAGAUCAACGCGAAGAAGUGCGAGUGGGCCAAGACGCAAGUCUUAUACUUGGGCCACGUGUUGGACGGAGAUGGCAUUAAGCCAGAGGACAGCAAGAUCGCGGCGAUCAGAGAUUGGCCGACGCCCCGCACAUUGACAGAGUUGCGGUCGUUCCUAGGCUUAGCUAACAACUGUAGGAAGUUCGUGAGGAACUUCUCCACUAUCGCCGCUCCCUUGCGCCAAUUGCUAAAGAAAGAGGCAAUCUGGCAAUGGGACAAAGACUGUACGUCUGCGCUCAAGAAGCUAAAGCACGCAUUAAUAGAGUAUCCUGUCCUCAAAGUUGCAGAUCCGUCUUUGCCAUUUGUCGUCACCACGGACGCGAGUGAGUAUGGGAUAGGCGCCGUGUUGCAGCAAGACGACGACAAUGGCUAUAGACCCGUAGAGUUCAUGUCAGCGAGGAUGCCCUGUGAAAAGGUUGCUGCCUCCACGUAUGAGAGGGAACUCUACGCUCUCAGGCAAGCUUUAGAUCAUUGGAAGCACUACCUGCUUGGGAGGCACUUCAAAGUGUAUUCGGACCACGAAACGCUUAGAUGGUUAAAGACUCAGGCCAAGAUGACACCUAAGUUGACUAGGUGGGCCGCAUAGAUAGACCAAUUCGACUUUGAGUUCAAGCCAGUGAAGGACAAGUACAACGUAGUUGCGGAUGCUCUGAGUAGGAGAUCAGACUACUUUGGAGUUGUAGUACACUAUCUAGAUAUAGGGAGAGACCUGCAGGAGAAAGUGAGGCAAGCAUAUGCGCAGGACCCUAUCUAAAAAGAGUUAGAGAGGCCCUAGAGACUGAACCAGAUUACCGCACUACAGACGGGUUGUUGUUUGAGAAGACUAAUGUGUUUGACCGCCUGUGCGUUCCCAACAGCGAAGAGAUCCGCAGUUUGAUAUUAGGGGAAUGCCACGAUACUGAAGGGCAUUUCGGUUGGCAAAAGACAUUAGCCAACCUGAUGCGUGCRUAUACCUGGCCAGGAAUGAAGAAUGACUGCAUAG